CCGUUAUGCGCUCUGUUAUUCUCUCCAUGGAUCACAAUUUGUCCAGUUACGGUUAGUGUUUGUCUAAAGUGUGCCGUGCGUAGGGAACCAUUCGAGAUGUUGCCCAUCUUGUUAAGCAGUUUUUUUGUUCUGGUCGCCCUUCGGCCGAUGGGCGGUGUGUACGCACAGACGACCGAGUACAGCCUAACGUUCAACGAGGCGUCAACCGUUGUCAACGUAAACCUGCAGACACGUGAACUGCGCGUCGUACAGUCCUCCGGCCAGGUGGUGCAGCAGAUUCGGCUCAGCGCUAACCUGGAUCCGGCGGCCGUCUACACAGAAACGGCCGCCGGGUUUACGCUCACGAAUGCCGCAACGGACGGUACCGUACUGGAGCUGGCGAGGGAAGUGGACACGACCGCUUACUCACAGUUUGCCGUGAUACGCAAUGAGGUGCCCAGCAGCGUCACCAACGUCGACUGUGUCAAUCUGCUCGCCACAAAUUGGUACGGUGGACCGCAGCAAAAGCACCAAUACUGGCCGGUACAGAAGCUGCGGUUCAACCGGUACAGCAUGCUUUCGAAGGAGGCGAACAACAGUGCGGUAGGCGAUCGGUACUGGUUGAAUGCGUACGGCUCGUUCCUGUACGUCGACCCUUGGACGCCGCUGUUUGUCGACCAGAACUAUGGCCAGCCGGGCUUUAUGUGCUUCGAGACACGAGCCGCCCUGCCGUACGACACGCACGGGACCAGCUACGACGUGCGCUACACGAUCGGCGUGGCUGCGGAUGCCCGAGCUGCGCACAUGGGUGCGAUCGAACGCAUCCUGGGCAAACCUACGGGGCAUCCCGCGGAAUCGAUGGUAAUGGAACCGAUCUGGUCCACCUGGGCCCGGUACAAGCGCGACAUUAACGAUGCGAUCGUGCGCCAGUUUGCCGGCGAGAUCGUUUCGAACGGAUUCCGUGGCCAGUACGAGCUGGACGAUGAUUGGGAGUGGUGCUACGGGGCGCUCACAUUCAACCAAACGAAGUUCCCGAACAUUCGCAACACGAUCACCGCGAUCCGGCAGCUCGGGUUCGCACGGACCACGCUCUGGAUUCAUCCGUUUAUCAACAAGGGGUGCGAACCGUGGUACUCCGAGGCACGGCGGCGCGGCUACCUGGUGGCGGAUCAUACCGGCAACACGGACACCGAAUGGUGGAACUCGGUGCGCGGUCAGGCGGCUUACGUGGACUUUAGCAAGGCGGAAGUUCGCGAAUGGUUCAGCGCCCGGCUGCAAGCCAUACUGGAUGAGUCCGGCAUCGAUAGUUUCAAGUUUGACGCUGGCGAGAGCAGCUGGACACCGCCGGACCCGCUGCUAAAUGGGCCCGCGAACCUUAGGCCCAGCCAGAUCGUCGGUGAUUAUCUGCGCACGGUCGCACGGUUCGGCGAUCUGGUCGAAGUACGGUCCGCCCUCGGCACGCAGGAUCUGCCCGUGUUUGUGCGCAUGAUUGACAAAGACUCCAACUGGGGAUGGAACAAUGGACUGCCGACGCUGAUCACCACACUGCUGCAGCUGAAUAUGGUCGGCUACCCGCUCGUGCUGCCGGACAUGGUCGGUGGCAACGGAUACGACGACAGCCCACCGUCGAAGGAAAUGUUCAUCCGCUGGCUGCAGGCGAACGUGUUCAUGCCGAGCAUUCAGUACUCGUUCGUACCGUGGGACUUUGACGCUGAAACCGUCCAGAUAGCGCUGGCGAUGACCGAACUGCACCGACGGAUGGCACCGGCCAUCAUGGAGCGUUUUGCACUGGCCGUGUCCGACGGGUUGCCCGUAAACCCGCCGCUCUGGUGGGUCGAUCCGAGCGACCAAACUGCCCAACAAAUCUACGAUCAAUAUCUGCUCGGUGACGACAUCAUUGCUGCACCGGUUACUGUGGAAAAUGCUCGAGCUCGUGACAUUUAUCUGCCCCGCGGCUCAUGGACAGAUGGCAACAGUGGCGAACUGCACACUGGUCCGAAAUGGUUGCGAAACUAUCCGGUACCAUUGGCCAUGGUACCAUACUUUACCCGCAAGGUGUAGUGAGAGGUUUUAGGUCCUGGCGGCGUGGUAUGGAUGUGUUUGAAUGUGUCACUUAGAGGAUUGAUGCGCGAUAAGUAACGAUCUAUAACCUUAAAGUAACUAAACAAAUAUGUUUGUUAAGAUUA